GUGCGCACUUCCCUAAAUGCUUUCCGAAGCUCAAGCAGGCCAUCUUCAAGCGUCUUCCUCCUCUGAAUCUGGGUAACGAGGAGCGGGUGAGAAGAACAGUAGGCGGAAAGAAGCCCUGCGCUUUCCACUCUUUCAGCCCCCACUCCUCUCCUGUCCUGUUUCCAUCUCUCCUGUUCCCCAACCCAGACAUUCUCUCUCUUCUCUCUCCCCUUCAUCCAUCCUCCUCUCUCGCCUCUCUUUUCCUACGGUCAUCAUGACCGACACCCCAGAGGUACACACCCUGGUGGAAGGCGACGAAGUCAAGGACAAAUCGCCCGAAUGCGACCUGGCAGGGGCCGAGAGUGAUCCGGCACAUCGACAAGACAGCCCGCCGUCGAAGCCCGUCUUAGCAGACGUUCCUGACGGUGGGUGGCGUGCUUGGCUGGUGGUGAGCGGGGCUUCUUGCACCCUCUUUGCCAGCUUUGGCAUCAUCAAUGCUUUUGGCGUCUUCCAAGACUACUACAAUUCCACCAGGCUCCCCAAUGAGACGGAUUCGGUAGUUGCUCUCAUCGGCGCUAUCCAGCUCUUUUCUCUCUACGGACUGGCGCCCCUCAUCGGUAAAAUCUUUGACGCUCACGGGCCAAAGGUGCUUAUGCCCCUGGGCUCCUUCUGCAUCGUCUUUAGCAUCAUGAUGCUUUCGCUCGCAAAGGUCAACCAGACCUACCAGUACUUCCUCGCCCAGGCGGUCCUGUUUGGCAUUGGAAGUGCCAUGGUCUUUACUCCAGCCCUGGCCAUCGUCGGUCACUAUUUCCGUAGUAAAAGGGCCUAUGCCCUCGGCAUCGUCGCCGCUGGUUCCUCGCUCGGUGGCGUCAUCUUCCCAAUCGUCCUCCAGAGGCUCCUGCCCCGGCUCGGCUUUGGCUGGAGCAUCAGGAUCAUGGGCUUCAUCGCCCUGGCUUGCCUCACCUUCUCGUGCGUCACCAUGCGCCCGCGCCUGCCGCCUCGCCAGGCGUCGCUCGGCCAGAUCCUCCGCUUCAUCGACCUUGGAGGCUUCCGAGACCCGAGCUACUGUCUGGCCACGGCCAGCGCCUUUUUCACCUUCUACGCCCUCUUCAUCCCCUAUUUUUACAUCAAGCAGUUUGCCGAGCUCCACGGCAUGUCGCCUCAAUUGGCACAGUAUCUCCUACCCAUCAUCAAUGCAGCAGGUGUCCCGUCGCGCAUCAUUCCCGGCAUCUUGGCCGACAAGGUCGGCGUACUCAACAUGAUGGUUCCUCUCACCCUCGGCUCAGGCAUUCUUUCCCUAGCGCUGUGGCUACCAUCAACGGGCAACGUGCCUUUGAUCCUCUUUGCCGUCUUUUACGGCCUCCUUUCGGGAAGCUUUGUCUCUCUGCUCCCGGCAUUCGUCGCCAGAAUCUCUCCUCAGCCCCUCUUCGGGGCGAGACUAGGUGCCGUCUAUGCAUUUGUUGCCGUCGCCAACCUCGUCGGGACCCCUACUGGAGGUGGCAUAACCCAGGCAGGGACAAAGGCUGCCUACAGAAAUCUUGCGGCCUUUGCCGGCACCAUGGUCACCGUUGGAGGUCUCUGCGCGCUUGGCGCUUGGCUGAUCGAAGCCAGAAAGGAGAAGAGAUUGCGUCAAGAACGUGGUGGUAGUCUCACUUUGUUUUUGCGCAUCUAGUGUUCGAGGUGGUCGUGGUUGUGGUUGUCCGCUUACCGCCCCGCCCACCUUUGAGCCUUCGCGACCGGGAUUGGCGUCUCCAUGGAUUGCCAGGUGCCAGGAAGCAAAUACCAAGACCUCUAAAUACAAAAAUGUUCUCUGGAAUACAAUAUGCUAGAAUUUCUCGAAAAC